AUGCCGACCCCACAAGGUCCCGUCAAGAGCCUCUACGCACUCUGCAAAAAUGUGCUCAUAAAAUACGUCGACACAAUCGACGACGUCGGCGACAUCGACUACCACAUCCUCCGCCCCAUCCUCCUCAAGAUCACCACCCCCAAGCAGCUCAAAAAGCUCGAACUCAACUGCCCCCACCUCCUCCCACACACCUCCGAGAUCUGGCACAAGCUCAUCACACGCGACUUCGGCGCCUCGGCGCUCUCCAAGCGCUCCCCCCCCUCCAGCAACCCGCACGCCUGGGCCCGCGUCUACGAGAAGCACCUCAGCGACGCCGAGGCCGCGUCGGCCGCCUCCGCAAAGACACUCCGUGAGCAGAUGAGCUCCCUUAACAACGCGAAGGCCUCGCAGCGCGCAAAGAUCGUCUCGAAUACGUCGGGCUUGCCCCCGACGGGGCGCAGGCCGGGCUCGGGCUGGGGCAGGCCCAGUGAUAGCUGGGCCGUCAAGGCGGGCAGUAAGACGAAGAAUAUUGUGCAGAAGGCGCGCAGGGAGGCGAAGGAGGUGGGGAAGUUCUUGGGAAGGAAUAGUCGUCUGGCGGCGCCGACGCAUACGCUGGGCCGCGCGGAGGUCAGUCGCACGAUGAGGGAGAAGAUUAAGGAUCCCGUGGUGCUGCCGGAGAGGGAGGUUGUGCAGAGUGCGGCGGCGGCGGCGGGGGAGAAGAGGAAGAGGGAGGAGGGGGAGGGCGGGGAUGUGGAUGAGAGGACGAGGAGCUGGAUUGGGGGCGGCGCGAAGAGGGUCGCUGUGGGCAGGUUGAAUAGGCCUGGUGCGGCUGGGGUGGGAGCCGCGGGCGCGCAGCAGCAGCAGGUGAGGCAGAGAGUUGAGGCGGACCCAUUUAUGAGACGGAAGCCGGCGCAGGGGGCGAGGAGGUAG